AUGGAUUUGACCAGCUAUGGACGUUUGGUCGCGGCCUUCGACGAGCUGAAGCUGAAAGCCGAAGAUGAACUCAAAUGGGAACAGUGCGCGCCGCUGGCGCAACGCCCCGAGCUGGCGCAGGCCAUGCAGACGAUCCAGGCGCGCUUCUUCGGCGCCGAUGCGGCGCCCACGUUGAAGGACGUGCUUCAGGGGAUGCUGUCUCCCGAUGCUUCGGCGGAGCCGACUGCGGAGCCGCCCGCGGAGGUGAUGGUGAAGCGAACCGGAUCCUUGAAGAAGCAGAGGACCAACGAGUUGGACGACGCCGAUUCCACCGCGCUGGUGGUGCGCACCGCUGCCGGCUCCGUCGUGAUCACCUGGAGCAAGCAAGACGCCAUCCAGACUGUGGCAGAACUGCGGAAGCAGGUGGCUGAACAGCUGUCCCUCUGUGUGGAUGAAGUGAAAUUCGUGGCCGAGGAAAGGCCGCUGUUGGACGACGAGUCCUGUGCGGAGCUGAUUGGCGGCAAAACCGAUGCUUUGGAGGUCCUCAUGGUCACCCAACAGAUUCCGAAACUGGAUCCUGAUCAGCCGGUGGCGGAUCAGCUUGAUACCCUGAAGGCUAUGCUCCGCUCUACGUCUCCAGAAUAUCAGUUGGAUGCGGCGACCAACUACCGAAAACUCCUCAGCAUUGAGCGAGAUCCUCCCAUUGGCAAGAUCUUGGACAGUGGCGUGGCCCCGCGAUUGCUGGAAUUGGCCCAGUUGAUGGAGAGCCCCAAGCUGCAAUUUGAGGCUCUGUGGGCCAUUUGCAACAUCGUCUCGGGUAGCCAAGAGCAGACGCAGACCAUGGUGAACUUGGACGUGGUGCCCAUCGUGACCCGCAUCCUGCAAGAGAGUGACAACUCGGAUGUUUUGGAGCAAGGUGUGUGGGCCCUGGGCAACGUGGCCGGGGACUGCGCGGGGCACCGCGACGUGUGCCUCCGCGAAGGCUCCUUGGAACCGAUUCUGCGCAUCCUUCAGCAGUCGGACAAGCUCUCGUGCACGCGCAACGCCGUGUGGGCGGUCUCCAACCUCUGCCGCGGACGUCCCAAGCCGCGUUUGGAGGAGCUGCGCCCCGCCGUGCCCGUGAUCGCCGAGAAACUGCGAAACAGUCAUGAUUCAGAGGUCCUCGUCGACUCCCUGUGGUGUUUCUCCUACAUCUCGGACGGUGCCAAUCAUGAUAUCCAGGUGGUGCUGGACACCGGGAUCUCUGAGCGUUUGGUCGAGCUCAUGAACCACGAGUCCCUACAGGUGGUCACACCGGCGCUGCGGACGGCGGCCAAUUUGGUCACCGGGGACGACAUGCAGACGGACUUCUUCCUGCGGAGCAAGCCCUGGGACACUAUGCAGAGAUUGCUGGGCAGUCAGAAAAACAAGAUCCGCCAGGAGUGCUGCUGGAUGAUUUCGAACAUUUGCGCUGGCACCACUGAUCAAAUCGAUCAGGUCUUUGAGAGUGGUCUCUUCAGCGCCAUGCUGCACCGCGCGCGCGACACGGAAUAUAGCGUGCGCAAGGAGGUGGCCUUUGCGUUGGCAAACACCAGCGAGAAAGAAGAAGUGAUUCUGGACAAAUUGAUGGACCAGGAUAUCCUAGAAACCAUCAAGGUGUUGAUGGCAGCAACCGAUGACAAAAUCUUGACCUUGUGCUUGACCUUUCUCGAAAAUGUCUCCAAAGCCCUCCACAAGAAGGAUAGCCCAGAGGAAUGGGAACGUUUCAAGCGCGUCUCCUUCGUGGAUGAGCUUGAGGCUUGCAUGGCACGCGGGGCAGAGGUGGCGGAGAAGGCGGAUGAGGUGAUGCAGGAACUUUACCCUCUUGAGGACGAAACUGGCCCAGAGGUCUUUGGGGAGACGGCCCCGAAAGGUGGCUACGGAUUCGCAUUCGGAGGCGCCCCCCGGCACUUGGCAUUUUAUGCAGGGGAUCAGGGGAAGCCAGCCCUUUGCACCGCCGUGGCGCAUGGGCAAGCCAACAUUCUCAAGCCGUUGGGGCUGCCAACUGUGGUUCAAGUUUGGGCGAGCACUGAGUUUGGACAAACAUUACUCAGAGGUGCGGGGGAGUCCCAAAGACCGACACAGGCUUUCCAGACCUUUGAGCUCUCGCUCCACAACUUGGGUUCCGGCGGCACGGCGCUUCAGCAGUGGCAAGUUGGUGGUGCCUUCGGUUUGGACAUGCACGACUUGGAUCCCCGCAGCUUUCUGAUCGUCGAAGUGAAGCGGGACCGGCCUGGUGUUCUGGGCGAAAUUCUGGAGCUGCCUGGCGCCAUCAACAUGACCCACAUCGAGUCGCGCUUCAAGUCCUUUGCACGUGAUGGGCCAUCCUUCCACAUUGACUUCCAGGGAUCUCUGAAGGAUAUGGACGUGCUGGACUUGAUGAAGGCCAUCAAGAGCCUGCCGGGGGUGUACGAUGUGAGCGCACAGGAACCUCGGGAAGUUCCAUGGUUUCCCAUGAACAUCCGGGAGCUGGACUUGACCACAGAUACCUUGGACGGCGGUACGGAGCUCAUCAACGAGGAUCAUCCUGGUUUCCACGAUCCAGUCUACAGGGAUAGACGCACGGAGAUCGUUUCCAUGGCCAAGAGCUACCGGCACGGCGACAAGUUGCCAAGAGUGAGGUUUCUCUCGGACUCCUUUUCAUCUCAAUUCAAAGAGCCAUUCGAGUGCCCCGUGUGUUCUGUUUGCCCUGAAGUGUCAGAAGUACUGCAGCUGCCUGGCCCUCUGGAUCAGAAGAGUGUCUUGUUGGGGGUGCUGAUAGGGCUGGCCAUCGGUCCCACCAUUGAGUUUUUGUACCUGUUGCGUCAGACUUGGCGCAUCGGGUGCAAACCCGUGGAAUCAUUGAGGAGGGAGCUGGCAUCUCUUCGUGCCUUGGUGGGUGAGCUGAAACUGCGACUGGAAACCUUGGAAGCUCAGUCUGAGUUCUCUGUGGUGGGCAACACUCCUCCUUCCUCGCCAGGAACUCGACUGGCACCUGAGGCCUCGCCGGCUGGCGUCACUGCUUCGAGUCUGGGGCCUGACAGGGUUGCUGCUGCGCAGAGCAUCGGCGCUUGGCUGAAACGUUGCCUGGCAGGGCAGCGUCGAGGCCUGUCGGGACGUGAAAAGAUCCAGCAAGCCAGCGAGAACGGGUCCAGCGCACCUGAGGAGCUGGAUCUGGAUGCGGCAUUGAUUGCCUCAGGCGAGGGCGAAGAGUUUGAUAGAGAAUUUCAAGUUUUGGUUUUGAAGGCCGAAGAGCCCUCUCAAUCCACAGAAUGCAUUUUGAUCUCUCGAGUGGACGGGAAGCUUCUCCUGGCAGUGCCCGAAGCGGCAUGGCACAAGAAGAAGAAAGAUCGCCCCAUGCCUCCCUCAGCCCUGCAGAAGGUUGUGAAAGCCACGGUCGCUUGCUGCGUGGGGGGGGACCGCAACUCUCCGGAGGGCGAACCUACUCUGAAGAUUUGGCUGGGACUCCUGCAGCCUGCCUGGGAAACACAAUUGGCUGUGGAGGGAGACCCCACAGUUGUCUUUCCGCCAGAUGGGAACGGGGUGCCAAAGGUUCCAUUUGCAGAUGCUCUCAUUGCAGUUGCUCGCGACCACUUCACCUUCCUCACUGCGGGCGAGGAAGACCAGCAGCCGGGGGAUGUCGAGACGCGCAUGGGCAAGAUCGAGGAGACUUUGCAGAGAAUUCUGGCUCAGCUGCCUGCUCCAAAAGGGCCUGCGCCGACGGCUGCCCCACUGGUACCGGCGGCAAAGUCAAAGGCGGGUGUGCCGGGGAAGAAACCUUCGGCCUCUCCAGCCCCUGCAGCGGGCCUGGAUCCUACUAUGAUGCAACAGGCCUUGCAAGCGGGUGUCAGCCCGGAAGCGCUGGGCGAAGUGAUGUCACUGGUGGGCAGCCGGCCGCCCGGCAAGAUUGCACCUCAAGCUGUUCAAGAUGCGGUGGAGCUGACGUCGGACGAAGACGGUCCGGAGCCUGUCUUGCCGCCAGGCGCAUCUGGCUCUGCCGACCCUCUAGGGCACGCUGUGCUGCAGCUCUCAAAGAUUGUGACCUACAUGCGUGCCGAGAAGAAGCAGAAGAAAGACCGCAGUCUGGAGGCGAUUUUAGACCGGGCCGAAAGUGGUGCUCCAAAGGAUUCUUCCAGCAGUGGCUCUUCCAGAUCCCAUUCGGCCGCUUUGCGCUCCCUGCAGCGUCUUUUGGUCGACAACCCGAAGUUGAUCUACCAGGAGAUCGAGCGGCUGAUGGCGGAAGACUGGGAGCAAGGCAGCAGUUUACCAGGUGUCAGUCACUUGCCAACAACAGCCAGAGGCUGGCUGGAGCAUCGGAGCAAGAUCGGGGCCUUUGCAGGGGCCAUCCGGCCCUCAUGGAUCAUGGCGGGGGCCUGGGACGACCUCCGGGCCGGUCACAUCGACCGUGCCCGGGCACGCCUAGCCCUGGGAGUUGCAGCCUACGACCAGCAGGCCUACGACAAAGGCAGCUGGCUUCUUUCAGGCGAGCUCAGCCUAGAGAACCACCCUCCCUACGGGUCCUUCGCGUGCCAUCCUGUUGUGGAGAGCUACGAGGCCCCCCACACGAAGCUGAUAGAUGGCAGAUGGUUCGAUCUGAUCGUCUCCAAGCUGAAGGGCAUCGCCACUUUUCAGGAGCAGAAGAUCAAGUUGGCCCCGCAGAGGGGAAAAAGAGGCGAAGAGCUGACCGACGAGAAAGAGAAGGAGAAGCCAAAGAAGCCGAAACCAGGGAAGGGAGGGGGAAAGAAGGGCGACAAGGGCGCCAAGGCUCAGGCGGAGCGUUGUUGGGGCGAAGACUCCAAUGUUUUGAGCUCGACUGCCGAGCUGAAUGUGCAUGAAGGCACAAGGGUGCCUGGCGCUGCGGCUCCUACUUGCAAUGUGCUGCAGCUCUGGAAUUCGAUGGCGAGAUUGCUUUUGGCUUCCUCAUCAAAUUUUGCAGUUUUCCUGAAGUCCCUGCUUGGCGCAACACCUCCCGCAGAGGGAGGCACAGCCCAGUCACUUUGGCCCAUGUCUCUCCCAUACCCAGAGGUGUGGAGACCCGAGCUCAGCAAGAAAUGGUGUUCUUUGGCCGGAAGAGCAAGGAAGAAGUCCGUCAACCUGGUGGUUGCUCUGCUCAACUGGCUGCACAUGAAUCGGCCUACACGAGCUCCUGCAGCUUUAGCUUUGGGCUCUCGCCUGUCCAAGAAACAGUGGCGGGUAGUAGAGCACUUUGAGAGGCUCAUGGCUGAUGUUGCUGAGAGCGGAGACAUAGACGCAGCGGCGAUGGGUCGCUCGGCAGCCAAAGUGGAGGGCUUGGAUGAGAUUUUGAUUGAUUUGCAGCGGCAGGCCGUCUCUUGGACAGAGGCGGGGUAUGAACAUCGUUGGCGAGCCCAGAGCGGCGUUUGCACUGCUCGGCCUCGGGCCGCUGGUCAUUGUCUAGCAGACCCUGGUGUUGUAGUUGGCAAGCUUAAGACAGGAGCACCCGUCCUGGCGAAGUCUGUGGACGCUACUAGGCUUUCUGUCCCAAACCAACCACCUGAGUUUGAUCCCAUCGUUUUGUUUGGCUUUCCCCACAAAGAGGUUUACGUUGAUCCAAUUGCUAGAGCUAUGGAACCUGCAUCGGCUGUUGAAGCUCCUCCAAAAGUAAGAGUUCACGCUUCUAGGGAUCAAGCUUUGCAGUUUGUCAAGUUCCUGGAUGACCGGGGCCUGCUGACUUUAGCUCCAGCUGAAAAAGUUCGGCGUUCUCAUCUUUGUGGUGCUUUUGGUCUGGUGAAAGAUUUGCACAAGGAUCGACUUAUUCUUGAUGCUCGUCCUGCCAACAUGUUAGAAGACACCUUGCAUACUUGGGGUCCAUUUUCUUGCGGUUUGAUCAUUGAUGACAUCAUCUUUGCAGAACAGUUGAAAGCCCCGCCUUCCAGUAGUGCUCCAUCGGGUGCCUCGCGGCGGCUAUCCGCUAUGUGUGCUGAAUAUGAGCGACACCAGUUGCGGGCUCACCCGGGGAAGACCUUCCGAGAUCAGACCCGAGCUGAGUUUUGGGGAGCAGCUGUGGAUGGAAAGCAAGGUCUGGUCAGGCCUUCUCCCAAACGGCUUGUGCCGCUGUUGUCACUGACCUCAAGGGUGGCUGCUUUGGGUUUUGCUACAGUAGCUCUGCUUGAGAUUCUGGCAGGAUGUUGGGUCAAUGUUUUGCAAUAUCGUAGAAGAGCCCUCUGUUUGUUAGAUAGCAUCUACACUGCUCAACUGGAUCGGUGCCCUGACGAUGUCGUUCGCUUGGCGCCCUGCCUGGUAGAUGAGCUCUGGUCGCUGGCCAUUGUGGGCCCCAUUAUAGCUUCUGACUUACGAGCCCAAUCUAUGCCAAAGGUGUUUUUGUCAGAUGCGUCUGAGACGGCGCAAGCUGUGGUGGCGGCCGAGGUUCCUCAACCUUUUGCUCGAGAGCUUCAGCGGCAUUGCCUUAGUCGAGGAGGGUGGGGUAAGCUGCUGUCACCUUGGAAAGUUUGGCUGAAGUCGCAUGGGAAACUAGAGGAGGCCGAAGAGAUGCCGUCUGGCGUGCCGUUGGUCUCUCAUCCUCUCUGGCUGCAGUUGGCCAGAUCUUUGCAGUUUGAGAGCGAGCUCUUUGAAAGAGUAAGGAAGCGGAAGCACAUAAACUUGUUGGAGCUGGAGAUCAUUUUGAAGCUUGAGCGACAGCUCGCCUUGGAGCAUCAAGAUGUGAGGUAUAACCUGGCGUCAGACAGUCAGGUUACCUUGGCUUGCCUUGUCAAGGGGAGAUCAAGCUCCCCGCAUCUGAAUAGAUUGCUGCAACGCAGCCUACCCAGUCUGCUUGGCAGCGGCAUCUACGGAGGCUACGGGUUCAUCCCUUCACUGGCCAACGUUGCAGACGACCCCACGAGGGAACAUGAAAUCAGAGCGCCAGUUGCCUCUCCUCCAGAAUGGCUGCUGGCAGCGUUUCACGGGCAGUUUGAGGCUUUAGACGUUUGGCUUGAAGAACGCGGUUAUGAUCCUUUAGCUGUAGCUGAGCUUCCGUUUGCUGAGGGUAGGGCAGUUUCUAGGAAGGUGUUAGCUGAGGAUUUCAUUCCCCAGCUUAGAGCUGUGCAGAAGCCAGAGUCCGUACAAGCAGCCAUGGCUAGAUCUUUGGGAGCAUUGCCCGAGCUGAGUGAGCAUGCAAAAGACCUCCUGCGUCACUUCCCUCGUGCACAGUUUUUUGCGCCCGGGGGCAGACGAGCUGGGGCUGACUUCAAGCCCACCUGUCAGGGAGUCCUGGAUUUGUACUCUGGCGCUUCCGGGGUUGCGCGCUACAUUAGCCGAAAAUACGGCGUUUGGGUCCUGACCAUUGACUAUGAGCAUGGGCCAGGGCAGAAUUUGCUUGACACUGACCUCCAAGCACGGCUGAUGAGCUGCUUAGAGGCUGGGUGUUUCGCUGCUGUAGGCGCGGCUCCUGACUGCAGUAGCUUCUCCAGGGCUGUGACCCCUGCCGUGCGUGAUGCAGCAAAUCCGUUUGGGCAGCCUGGCAUUUCGGCAAACAUGCAGGAGAAGGUGGCCAGGGGAAACCAGCAUGCUCUUUUUAUUUUUUCAGUUGUGCAGUUUUGUGAUAGGAAGGGGAUACCCUACUGGGUUGAGAACCCUGAUGGAAGUUUCCUUUGGCUUUUACCCUACUGGGUUGAAUCCUCUUUGGGGAGCUGCUCCUCCUCCUAUCGCUUUGACCAAUGCCGGUUUCAUGCACCAUGGCGCAAGCGCACCAGAGUUGCUACCAACACUGACCUUGCGGGGAUCCGCGAGCUGUGUCAGGGAGGCCAUCAACAUCAAAUACUCAGAGGGCGUAGCAGCGCUCAUGCUUGCAGCUGGACACGGGUUGCUCAAACUUACCCCCGCUCUCUUUGCCGGCGACUGGGUGAUGCGUUGAUGCGGGGAGUGCGGCGCCAAGUGCAGAAGCUGGACAUUGCGGGCUGUGCGUGGACCUUGCAUGCCCGCAUUGGCGAGGCCUCUCAUCCGGGCCCACGCCAUGCUGCGCCGCUGCAGCCCCGAGAUCCAGCCGCUCUGGCAGAUGUUCGCCUUAUUGAACCGAGCACUGCCGCGCGUCAGGAUCGAAUGCUUGAAGAACUUGGUGCUUGGCUGCGCGCCCGGCUCAGCGAGGAGACUAUCAACCAGCUCUACCUCUGCCCUGCUCUUGCUGUUUCUGUUUUGAAGACCUAUGCCAUGCAUUUGUUUGCGAGUGGUCGCAAGCUCUAUGAACUCCGCUACACACUCAUUGCUGUGCAGCAUAGAUACCCUCAUUUGCGCUCUUCUAUGGCCCCAGUUUGGGCGGUGGUGUCAAAGUGGGAAUUGUAUCAGCCUCUACAGCAUCGAAAACCUCUCCCAGAGUUGCUCUUCAAAGCGAUGUUUGUGCUAGCUUGUUUGAAAGGGUGGACAAGAUGGAGUGCUUCGCUGCUUCUGGGUUUUGAGGGCAUUGCAAGGAUCGGAGAAAUUUUGGCAGCUCGCCGUCAUGACUUGCUACUCCCCAGUGAUUUAGCUGAGACUGAGUCGGCCGUUGCCUUCUUGAAGAUUCGCUUGCCCAAGACCAGAUUUCGCGGUCGAGGCCGUGUUCAGCAUUUGAAGAUUCGCCAUGCUGCCAGUCUCCCCUUUCUUGAGCGAGUUUUUGGAGCUUUGGACCCCUGCUUACCUUUGUUUCCUUUGUCAGCCCAUGUUUUUCGGAAACGCUGGGAUUUACUGCUGGAUUUGCUGCAAAUUCCUGGGGCACAACGCCCUACACCUGCAAGCAUUAGAGGUGGCGGUGCUAUUCUGGCGUAUCGCCGUGGCGAACCGAUAGCUGACAUUUUGUGGCGAAUGCGGUUGGCGUCCCAGCCGACCUUGGCUUCAUAUUUGCAGGAGCUGGCCGCAGAGAGCUUACUGGCUUUUCUGGCUCCCACAGUGCGUCAGUACACGGAGCAGGAGACAAAGACUUGGCAGGCGGUCUACGAACGCCUGAAGGCCUUGCAUGACCAAUGGGCCUGCAGAGAAUACCGAGAGAUGCUGCCACAGAUGGAGAAGUAUUGUGGCUAUGCAGUGAACAACAUUCCACAGCUCCCAGACAUCAGCGACUUCCUCCAACAGCGCACGGGCUUCACCUUGCGGCCCAUCAGUGGCCUGUUGAGCGCCAGGGACUUCCUCAACGCGCUGGCCUUUCGGGAGCAGCUCUGUAGCCGCUGUUUUUACUUCAAUGCCUUGGCUCCUGCCCUGGCGCUGGGAAGUGACUUCCGCUCGGUGGAUCCCCAGGAGGAGGUCGUGGCUGAGAAGCUUGCCCGCGGCAAGGAUGCGCCGGCUUGCGCAGACGAGUCGAAGGACCGCUUUCCCCGACCCGUUCCGACCUUCCUCUUGUGCGUGGUGACGCUCCAAAUUUGCAUCUUUUGCUUCACCCUAGUGGCCAACGGUGGGCCCGAAGACAUGAGCUCCGGGAGUAUUGGACCCAGCUAUGACACGCUCUACCGCUGUGGUGGCUUACAAUUGCAGGGCCAGAAGCAGGUGUGGCGAUUGUUCACAUCGAUCUUCCUACAUGCUGGGGUCGUUCAUUUGGUCUCGAACCUGCUUGUCCAAUGGGUCGUGGGCGGCGCCAUUGAGCUGGUCUGGGGUCUUAACUGGGCCAUGUUGCUCUACCUCUUCUCCGGCCUCGGCGGUGCAUUGCUGAGUGCCAGCCUCUCCUCAGCGGGCUCCCUGACGGUGGGCGCCAGCGGCUGCGUCCACGGCUUCCUGGCAGCCUGCGCGGCCGACAGCUCCGCCGCGCAGCUCUUGGCUUGGGCAGUCCCCGGUUCCUGCCAGCGUCGUUGCCGCUGUCGUCGGCAGGUUUUGGUCUUCGUGCUGAUCGUCUCCUUGAUCUCUGGGCUCUUUCUUCCGCAGAUGGACACCUGGGCUCACCUCGGCGGCGCCGUGGCCGGCUUCGCCGUCUGCGCGGCGCGGCCGGCGGAGGCGCGGCUCGGGCGCCUAGGGCGGCUGGCGCGGCUGGUGGCGCUGCUGGUGGGGCUGGGAGAUUGCAGAGCUUCUGAUGUGACCAACGGCUGGACAACGACGUGCGCUAGCGGAACGUGCUGCAUGGUGCUGCUGGGGCUUCAGGAAGGCAACGCCUUUGUUUUGAAUGAAGGACCCCCAGCUGUUGGAAAGACCACCCUGGGUUUGAUUUGUCACGAGCUUCUGGGUCAUGUGCCGCUCUUUGCCAACUCGGCCUUCGCGGAUUUUUCCCAAGAGAUCGGUCUAGCCUCCCUGGCCGCCACCGAUGAAGACGUGGCCAAGCUGGCGGCGGUCUAUUGGUUCACCGUGGAGUUCGGCCUCCUCCGGGAAGGGGAGGACGUGAAGGCGUGA